AUGGAUUGUAUUAAUCAUUCAAAAAGAAUUGUAAAUCCUAAAUCACGGCGAACACUAGUCAUAGGACAUGAUGUGUCGCUUAUUAUGAUUGAAAAUACUUCCACACUUUUAAAUCCAGAAGACAAGGAUCUAUAUCUCAGUUUUUUGGAUGAAUGUCUUGUUUCCCGUUAUACGGACUUAUCACCAUGUAUAAAAUAUUUCAAAAAAGCAUCUUCACGAGAACAUAUUAUUCUUCUAUUUCUGGCUUUUGACAAGAGCAAUGUGCAAAAAAUGGUCUCACAACUAGAUCAGUAUGAACAACUUCAAGCAAUUUUUAUUCUCUUACCUUCUGGCAAUGAAAAUAGUGAUCAACAUAAAAUGAAUAAAAACAAUGGUAGUGGAUGCUCGAGUGAAACUAGAGUCAAGUUAAUUAAAAGCUUCUAUGAAUGGAAACCACUUUCCACAGAUUUGCAUCAACAUAUUAUUGCAGCGAAAAGUAAUCUAAAAGAUGUUGGCCUAUUCAGCGUCUGUAGUUCACCAGAAACGGCUCUCCGAGACUUACGACGAGAAUUAGGCUCGUUUGUUUGGACUCAUACAUUUAGAGUGCUUCUCGUGGCUAUGCCUCAUAAUUCACAAGAAGCUAAACGACAAAUGUUAAAAGAAUGCCGAAAAUUUUACAAGGGUAAUCCUUCUCAAAACAAGAAGAUUGAUGAAUUCGAAAAAACAUAUCAAGCAUCCAAUGCUAUACGUUGGUACACUGAGCCAUGCUUUCUUUCAACACUAGUCAACAAAAAUUUGCGCUCGGAAAAUGUUCAUGCCCUAUACUUAUUUAGAUAUUUCAUCUUCGAUCUAUGCGCUAGCCUCGCAGAAGCACGAUACACACAUGCAACUCCUAUUUCUGUAUAUCGUGGUACAAUACUUCGUCGAGACGAAGUUGAGCAGCUACGUAUAGGUUCAUUGGUCUCUACCAAUGGCUUUCUUUCUUCAUCCCGUUGUCUUGAAGUUGCUUUGUCGUUUAUAUGUUCUGAUCCAGGAGUUAAUAUGCAGAUCAGUAGGAACCGCAAUGAUCCUGAACAAUUCUCGCUAUUUAAAAUCGGCAUUGACAUUAAUCUAUCACCCGAUAUUGUCGUUGCCGAUAUAAGCAAUGUAAGUCACAUACCAGACGAAAACGAAUUCCUAUUUGAUCUAGGCACGACAUUUGUCGUUACCAAUAUAUUUUAUGAUGGCGAAAAUUUUAUAUGGAAUAUUCAAAUGACAGCGUCAAAUCAAGUCGCACAAUUAAAUCGUGAAUAUGAUUCGUAUAUGCGUGAGCGCCUCUCUGAAACAAAUGCUGCAAUUUUAUUUGGCCGGAUGCUAGCUCAUUUGAGUGAAUAUUCACUAGCAAUAAAAUAUUUUCAGCGUCUAAUACGAGUUCUACCUAUUGAACAUGAAGAUCGACCGAAUCUACACUACCAACUUGCUCGUAUGUAUCGUUUUCUUGGUAAACAUAAUCAAGCUAUUCAUUAUUUUCGAUGCGCUAAGUUACUACAACGUCGUGCUUUACCUCACAAUAGUUAUGAAUACGGCAUGACAUUAGCCGGUCUUGGUACUGUUUAUUUGGAAUUAAACGAUUCAAAGCGAGCAGUACGCAUAUUGGAGGAAGCUAGUGUUUGUUAUAAUCUUGUGUCACGACCCUAUAAUACUGAAACAAUGUUCCAUUUUAAUCGACUUAGUUAUGCUUAUUACCUUGAAACACAAUAUGAACGAGCAUUGAAAUUACUCAAUGCAACGUUAGCCAUUUAUAAACAGAAAAUGCCAGCUGAUCAUCCUGGUCAUGCUCAGGCUUAUCACAAUUUAGGUUUGGUGCAUCGUGCAAUGGGUAAUAGCGAUGAGGCACUCACUGCUUUUAAAGACGCUCUGAGAAUGCGGCAAGCUCUACUUGCUCCUAAUCAUCCAUAUAUUGCCCGUACAUACUUUCAGAUGGGCUUACUUUUUGAAGAGUGCAAAGAUUACGAUGCAGCACUGGAAUGCGCUAGAAAAGCGCUUAAUAUUCAAGAACUCAAACUACCAUCUAAUCAUAACGAACUCAUUCUAUCAAGUGAGCUAGUUGGAAGUCUACUAUCCAAAACAAAUGUGGCUAUGUAA